AUGGAGGACUCUCAGAUAAAGAUGAGACCCAAGGUCUUGAAUGAGAGGCCACAGUUGCUAGCCCUCCCAAAGGGAAAAAAACGAGUUUCAAGUUCAGCUCUCAUCAAGGAUUCGCCUGGCAAGCCCCCAGCUCAUCAAGCCAAGCACACAAAGAAACCUGGCAACAAUGAUCUCCCAGAUGGUGUUGAACACAGGCUGUGGCGCCAUGUCUUUGUUUCUACUUACAUGCAAUAUGUUGCAACUCUGGCUAAUCCCUGGGAGGUUUCCCCGAAGUUAGCCUGCCAGAAAUUGCAGGUGAUCUGGGAUGCAAUUUUUCCCAGUAUCUUGUGCACAGUCAUGAGCAUGAGUACUGUGUAUAUCAUAGCUGUCCAGCAUGUUGCUGACUCCUAUUGA